AAAAAGACAUAAAUGCGUGCUGUCAUUGUUAAAAAACCUGGUGAUGCGUCCCAACUUACACUUGGUGAAUAUGAAAAACCUACUUUUACAACAGAUACUCAAAUUUUAGUCAAGGUGAAAUGCUUUGCGCUCAAUCGUAUGGAUAUUUUACAGAGAGAGGGCAAAUAUCCUGUACCCAUUGGUGGAAGUCCUAUUCUCGGUGUCGAGAUUUCUGGUACUGUUGAAAGUGUUGGAAAAGAAGUGAAGGAAUUUAAAGUAGGUGAUGCUGUAUUUGGUUUAAUGCCCGGAGGCGCUUAUGCAGAAUACGCAAUUUUAGAAGAAUCUUUAGCAAUGCAUAAACCAGAAAAUGUAUCUUUCGAAGAAGCAUCUUCAAUCCCUGAGACUUGGUUUACUGCUUACCAAGCAUUAUUCUUUGUAGGUGAAAUGCAAAAAGGACAGGAUGUUCUUAUUCAUGCUGGUGCUUCUGGUGUAGGCAUUGCUGCUAUUCAACUUGCUAAAGAAGCUGGAGCUAAUCGCAUUUAUGUUACUGUUGGGUCUGAAGAAAAAGUUAAAUUUUGUGAAAGUAUCGGUGCUACAAAGGCUAUCAAUUAUAAAACUGAAAACUGGUCAGAAGUUAUCUUGAAAGAGACUGAUAAAAAAGGGGUCAAUGUCUUGAUUGACUUUAUUGGUAAGAACUAUUGGAAUCAAAAUAUUGAAGUUUUAGGAGUUGAUGGACAUAUGGUUAUUUUGGCUUUUAUGAGUGGAACACUAAUUGAAAACUUUGAUAUUACCGCAUUACUUCGUAAGAGAUUAAGAAUCGAAGGUUCCAAUUUACGUGCUCGUUCAUUAACUUAUCAAGCUAAAUUACGUGAUGCAAUCUAUGAAAAUGUGGUUUUAAAACAUUUUGCUCAAAAGGACGGUAUCUUGAAAGUCUUUGUUGAUAAAGUAUACGACUGGGAAGAUAUUAUCGAUGCUCAUAAAUAUCUCGAAAGUAAUCAAUCAAAGGGUAAAAUCGUUGUUAAAGUGACUGAAAACUAUUAAAAACACAUACAAAUAAAAUUCCACAUGCAAAAUUUCAUUCUCUUUUUAAAA